CUCAACUUGUAAUAAGCAUGUUCUGUUAAACAGGUAUAAUGAAAUAGCAACAACCUUGAACCCUUGAAAACUAAUUACAACUUAUGAGAUUGCAAGCUAUUGUCUCAAUAUAAGUCGAUUGGUUUUACCUUAAACAAACAAUCUUUGCUGAGAGGCUCAAGUGGUUUUAUAUAUAGAUUCAUCUUCUUAAUUUCCAAUAGCACGUGGCCAAAAUGGAUUUGAAUCCAAAAGAAACUAUGUUCCGGUCAAUUACGAAAAUGAAUGAAACGAUGAGCACGUACAUGGUAUGCAUUGAUGCGCCACCCCAUAUUGUUUCAGAUGGCUUAUGGGGUGCAAAAGAAGGUAGAAGGAGCCCAAUGAAGUCUUUUCUCCCCUUGUUUGAGUUGCAGGUCCUUUUAAUAUUUGUCAUCACCCAAAUCUGCAGUCUCCUCCUCAAGCCAUUGGGACUCGCUCAAUUCAUUUCACAAAUGAUGGCUGGUCUAGUUCUACAAGCUUGUUUUGAGGUGGAACCAUUGGGCACAGGCUUGAGGAAGUUGUUUCCGUAUGGAACUCACGACACCAUUUCAACAAUAUCAUCGAUUGGUUUUGUGCUCUUCAUUUUUAUAAACGGUGUGCAGAUGGAUUUCAGCUUGAUAACAAGGAUGGGAAAGAGGGCAUGGGCCAUUGCCAUAGCGGGAUUGGUAGUGCCUCUUUUCACUUCCAUUUCAGCACUAAUCUUAUUCAACAAUCAUGUAACUAAGUACAUAGGAGACUACGAUAAUUUAGUUGUUGCACUGGUGUCGCACACUGUCAUUUCAUUUGCGGUCAUUGCUUCCCUGCUUAAUGAACUCAAAAUGCAAAACUCGGAACUCGGCAAAUUGGCACUAUCCUCAGCAUUGGUGAGUGACGUAUUGUGCACAAUCGCUACCACCACCGGCACUGCAUUAAUGGUCACUGAUGAUUCUGGUGUGUCAAAGGUUGUAAAAAACUUGUUCAGUUUAGUUGCCAUGGGUGUCUUUGUUCCAUUACUGUGUCGGCCAGCAAUGUUUUGGAUCAUCAAACAUACUCCAGAAGGAAGACCUGUGAAGAAUAGUUACAUUUACAUCAUCAUCUCAAUGGUCUUUCUUCUAGGUUGGCUUUCGGUUAAGAUAAAUCAAGAAUUCGUGCUUGGAGCCUUCGUUUUGGGAUUGUCUGUGCCAGAAGGACCUCCACUAGGAUCUGCAUUGGUUAAGAAGCUUAAUUUCUUUUCUACUACCUUCCUCUUGCCUAUCUACGUCACCACCUCUAUGUUGAAAGCAGAUUUUUCCAUGGAUUUUUCAUCGGUAUCAGUUAUAACUAUCGCUUUCGUCAUCAUUAUGACUCACUUCAUCAAAAUGAUAUCAUGCAUUGUAUCCGCCCUCAGUUGCAACAUUCCCUUGCGUGACGCUCUCUCUCUUGCCCUCAUUUUGAACUCCAAAGGCGUAGUGGAAAUCGGCCUCUACUGCUUCUUAUACGACAAUGAGAUAAUCGAUGGGCAAGCAUUCGGAGUAAUGAUAGUGAGCAUAAUGAUGAUAGCAAGCAUUGUGCAAUGGUCUGUGAAGUUUUUGUAUGAUCCUUCGAGAAAAUACGGUGGCUACCAGAAAAGGAACAUGAUUAGUUUAAGGUCGUGGUCUGAGCUGAGGAUGGUGGUGUGCAUUCAUAAAAUAAAUCACAUAUCGUCAAUGAUAGACCUGCUUGACCUGUGUUGUCCAACAGCAGAAAAUCCAAUCACUGUGGAUGUGUUGCAUCUGAUAGAGCUAGUUGGAAGGGCCUUACCCAUUUUCAUUCACCACCAUUUCCAGAGGCAAGGGACAGGGUUUCGCAAGUCAUACUCAGAUGAUAUCAUUCUUGCUUUCGAUAUUUACGAGCAUAAUAACCCUCAUGCAAUAACAGCAUAUCCAUGCACGGCAAUAUCUCCACCCUCCCUCAUGUAUGAAGAUGUUUGCAACCUCGCGUUUGACAAAGUGGCGUCCAUUAUAAUUCUUCCAUUUCAUCUUAGAUGGUCCACUGACGGUGAGGUUGAAUAUGAUGACAAGAACAUAAGGGCACUGAAUUGUAGGGUCUUAGAAAUAUCUCCAUGCUCGGUCGGUAUCCUUGUGAGUCGUCGUGCUUCCCUCCAAAUUAGAGAUUCAUGCAUUCGAUUAGCCAUGGUUUAUUUGGGAGGACAAGAUGAUGAAGAGGCCUUAUGCAUAGCUAAGAGAGCAAUUAGGAACCCGGGGGUGAACCUGGUAGUUUACCACCUUGUUGCUAAUAACUCGGAGGAAGAAGUGGAUGAUGAUGAUGAUGAAGAGCUACAAGAUGUCAAGUACGAACAUAGUGUAAGGUAUCAACAAGUCAUAGCAAUGGAAGGAUCUGAGACUGCUUCUUUUCUUCGUCACAUAGUGAAAGAACAUGACUUCUUCAUAGUUGGGAGACGGCAUGGGAUCAGUUCACCUCAAACGGAUGGACUUACAAACUGGAGUGAAUUUCCAGAAUUAGGUGUCAUCGGUGAUUUUCUUGCUUCACCGGAUUUGCAGAGUCGUGCAUCCAUUUUGGUGGUGCAGCAACAACUCUCGGUCAAGAAACAUGAUGGCUGGUUAUUGUAGUCAUGGAUGCAUUUUUUUAGGACAUGUAUUCUUAUUAGGAAUAGCUCAACAUUCAUUCCUUCCUCUCUCAUCUUGGAAGUUAUGCAGAUAUUCAAGCGUUUAAUUAUGGCCAAUCUUUUUGUUUACUAUUCAAAAUUUGCUGACGCUGUUCUUAAUUUAUGUCAAUUUCCACACAUGUAAUCGAGUUAUUACAUUUUUUUUUUGGUAAAUUCGGGUCUAUGAAAAUGAAAUCAUACACCCUAAUUUACAAUGUAUGUAUAAUAAAAUUUAACUCUUACACAUUUUCUGUACAACUUUUUCAAUAACUAGGGGAGAAAAAAAAAA